AUGGUGGUUUUAUUCUCUAUCGUUUUCAACAGGGGAGUAUUUGGGAAACAGGGUUAUCAAUGCCAAGUGUGCACCUGCGUCGUCCAUAAACGUUGCCAUCAUCUAAUUGUUACAGCCUGUACUUGCCAAAACAACAUUAACAAAGUGGAUGCAAAGGUUGCCGAACAGAGGUUCGGAAUCAACAUUCCACACAAGUUCAGCAUCCACAACUACAAAGUGCCAACAUUCUGUGACCACUGUGGCUCCCUGCUCUGGGGGAUAAUGCGGCAAGGACUUCAGUGUAAAAUAUGUAAAAUGAACGUACACAUUCGGUGUCAAGCAAACGUGGCCCCUAACUGUGGGGUGAAUGCAGUGGAGCUAGCGAAGACCCUGGCGGGGAUGGGUCUCCAACCCGGAAAUAUUUCUCCAACCUCGAAACUCGUUUCCAGAUCAACCCUAAGGCGACAGGGAAAGGAGAGCUGCAAAGAGGGAAACGGGAUCGGGGUGAAUUCUUCCAACCGACUUGGUAUUGACAGCUUUGAGUUCAUCCGAGUGCUGGGGAAGGGCAGUUUUGGGAAGGUGAUGCUCGCAAGAAUCAAAGAAACAGGAGACCUCUAUGCCGUGAAGAUUCUCAAGAAGGACGUGAUCCUGCAGGAUGACGAUGUGGAGUGUACGAUGACGGAGAAACGGAUCCUGUCUCUGGCCCGCAACCACCCCUUCCUCACUCAGCUGUUCUGCUGCUUUCAGACCCCCGAUCGCCUGUUUUUUGUGAUGGAGUUUGUGAACGGGGGUGACUUGAUGUUCCACAUUCAGAAGUCCCGUCGUUUUGAUGAAGCGCGAGCUCGUUUCUACGCUGCAGAAAUCAUUUCAGCGCUCAUGUUCCUCCAUGAGAAAGGAAUCAUCUACAGAGAUCUGAAACUGGACAAUGUCCUGUUGGACCACGAGGGUCACUGUAAACUGGCAGACUUCGGAAUGUGCAAGGAGGGGAUUUGUAAUGGAGUCACCACGGCCACGUUCUGUGGCACGCCCGACUAUAUUGCUCCAGAGAUCCUCCAGGAGAUGCUGUACGGGCCUGCAGUAGACUGGUGGGCCAUGGGCGUGUUGCUCUAUGAGAUGCUCUGCGGUCACGCACCGUUUGAGGCAGAGAAUGAAGAUGACCUCUUUGAGGCCAUACUGAAUGAUGAAGUGGUCUACCCGACCUGGCUCCAUGAAGAUGCCACAGGGAUCCUAAAAUCUUUCAUGACCAAGAACCCCACCAUGCGAUUGGGCAGCCUGACCCAGGGAGGUGAACACGCUAUCUUGAGACAUCCUUUCUUUAAGGAAAUCGACUGGGCCCAGCUGAACCACCGCCAACUAGAGCCACCUUUCAGACCCAGAAUCAAAUCCCGAGAAGAUGUCAGUAAUUUUGACCCCGACUUCAUAAAGGAAGAGCCAGUUUUAACUCCAAUUGAUGAGGGACAUCUUCCUAUGAUUAACCAGGAUGAGUUUAGAAACUUUUCCUAUAUGUCUCCAGAAUUGCAACCAUAGCCUCAUGGGGAAUGAGAGACAUGGUAGGAGACUCAAAAGGGAAUAGAGAUUUUUCCAGGAAUUUCCUUCGUGGGAACUCCCCAGCAUCAGCCUUAGAACAAGAGCCUUACUUCCAAGGAGCAAGUGGAGAACUCUGUGAAGGAUGGAACUUCAGAAGAUCAACUAUUUCAAAGGGAUCCAUGACAUUGGAAAUAGUUGAUACUGAAAUGACAUUUUAUGAGGAAUUGUACUGUUCCACCGAUGUGUUUCUGUGGCUGUGUCAGGCUUGGGAUAUUAACAGGAGCCAAAACGAGCGAAGGCAUGAAGAAUAAACUAGAUUCGAGAAAUUCUGAGCCAAACAGGCUUUUUACUUCGAGAGACCGAUCAAGACUUUCUAUGAAACGUGCUGCGCUCUUCUUUAAGCCAAUGAACCCCUAAUACCGGCCAUCUGUAAGAAGCCUCUAAAUGCCAAUGAAGAAUUUAAAGGUCUAUUAAAGGAAAUAAGUGGCUUUCCAAAUAGAAGAUUUAUGCUGAAGAAACAAAAAAAUGGUAUUCCUAAAACUCACAACUUAAAGCCCAACCUUGAAAACAGACGUUGGGCACCAAGACAACUGCCACAGCUUAUUCUGUUAUCCUUACUUUCUUUAAUAGAUAUUUAUUGGGUUUCCAGGAAAAGGGGCCACGAUACCCAGUAUUGUAGACAAUGGAUUUACAUUCAUGAAGCUUUCAUUCAUUCUGGAGUCUACUAAUUGACCUGAAUAGUGUUUGCAUUCUGUGAAAUGCCUCUCCACAUUGCAUAUGUCACAUUUCUUUGUCUGCACAUAGCUCUUUUUUCAUAGAAAGGUCACUGCCACAACAGCACAAUCAGCAGGUGAGCUGCAGGUGCUUGCUGCCUACCGACCCGGGGAAUCUUUUCAUGUCGCUAUCACUCUGGGCUCAUCAGUGAAGAAUUGCAGGCCACGCGUGUCAGGGACCACAUUUAUGGCUUACACAUUAGCAGUUUAUUUAUGUUUUAAGAGACAAAGAUGUUUGAUACACACUUUAAUAAUGAGAAAUGGAUCUUGUAAACAGGAUAUAUAUCAAAGGCAGACCUUGUAUGUACUCGUAAAUGCAGUUGGAGAAUCUUGUCUGGGUGGAAAUAAACACAUUUUGUAGCAAA